UAUCUCUUAUUAACAUAUAUGUCCCGAAUUUGAUCCGUGAGCCACUCUAUGCCUGGUUGUAAGCCUUCUCCGGUGAUUGCAUUUGUUGCUCGUAUAUGCCAAGGUUUAUUUUGUAUACGGUCAAGACCAAGCCCGGCAACAAGUUUAACAGUAGUCAGAGAAUCAGCGAAACAGAAAAAAAGAUAUGAAACUUCUGUACUUGCUACGUCAGGAUGUUGAAGAAGCAUAUCUAAUUCUUCUUUAACCACGACCAAUCGUAACUUGUCGCUACUAUCAAUUAUAAAAAUAAUGCCAUGACAAUCCUUGUAAUAAUGUUCCCAUAAAGCUCUAUGACGGUCAUGGCCGGACAUAUCGAAUGCCGUGAAACUGACAUUUUUAACUGGAAAAGAACAUUAUUAUCAGGGAAUAAAUGAGAAUCACUGAAUGCAUAUGGACAAGAUCUUGGCGGGAUAAUGUGUAUUUAAAAAUAGAGUUGAACUACAUAUUUUUAAUCAAAUAAUUAUUACAUUCCAUCAUGGCAGUAGACAAUAGUAGUAAAAAUGUUGAAAUUUCCGAACAACAAUUGGACGAAUGUCAAGAAUCGUUACAAGAAGAAAAGGAUAAGUUAAAGAAACAAAUAGAAGAGUUGAACUCUAUAAUUUUGGAAAUGCAGUGGAACUUAGAUCUUUGUGCAUUUAAGAAAAUUAAAACUAUCCCUGAGUCUAAUAUUUCUAGUGUUCCCAUAGAUCCAGAUAUCUCAAAGGUUCCAAACAUUAAUGUAGAAUUAGCGUCAGACUUAUUUAGAUUUGCUGGUUUUCGUUGUAUUAAAUUUACCAAAAAUGAAUUCAUAUUUAAUUUUUCUUCACAAAGUAAAUACGACAAAGAUAAUAUUUUUGCUGUGCAAAUAUUACAUAAAAAACGUAAAUGGACAUUAGGAAAAUGGGUAAUGCCAAUAUCAAUUGAUUUAGAAGAUUUAGUAUGUCAGUUUUCCAAUGAUGCCAGCGAUAUACCUUGUUUCUUGAAAGCUUGUAAACAUUACAUAGAUUGUUACUUUCUUCGAUGUGAACAGUAUAAUGCAUUGAAGGAAACUGUAUCUCAUUUGAAAAACUGUACUUUGCAAACAAAUGAUGGAUAUACUAACAUUAUUUUAAAUUUAAUGGGAGUGCAUAAUGUUGAAAGUAAUGCAUACCUAAACAUAGAUAUACAUCUUAGAUACAAUUUUGAUGAAAUUUGGCCACAGCACAUUACAGUUGAUUCACAAACACACCAACAAUUGAAUACACAAAUAAAACAGCAGUUAAAAGAAUCUCUAAUAUGUUUCAAAUUAUGCGAUUUAUGUAAAGCAUUUGAAAAAAUGUUUAAUGAUACUCCAUUUACAUGGUCAAAAGAAGAUGAUGAAGACAGCCCUCUAGAAAUUAGUAAUGCAAGUGGGUCAGAUGAAGAAGGAUUUUUAGACAAAUUUUCAUUUCGAAAGAAAGAAACUAUAUCUAAAACUGGUAAAAAAAGAAAACGAAAAGUACGAGACAUAAGUAAAGCAUAUGAAUUAAAUACUUCAGAUAGUGUUGAAGAAAACAAUAAAUCCAUUACUCUUCAAAAUGAAGAAGAAAUGAGUCAGAAUCAUAGUGAACAUUCUAUAAAUCAAAACAUGAAUGCAACUGUAUUGCCUGCUCAUCAUGUAAACACGCAGUACCAAAAGAAAUUAAAACAGACAAAAUUAAAAUUUAAAUUAAAUGAAAAACCAAAUCUGCAUAUGGACCCUAAUACUGUCACUCCUAGAAACAUGACUUCUGAAGAAGAUGCACUAGAUAUAAAUUUAGAUAAGGUGAUUACUAGUACUCCAAUGCAUCGAAGUAGUGCCAAAACAAUUAUAGCAGAAACUUCCAAUGAUAUUAGCGUUAUUGUUAAUGACGAACAUCCACAAAGUACAACAUCAUGGAAUAAAAGUGACAUUGAUUCCAUUGAAAAACAGAAAGUUGUACACAAGAAGCAACCUCAUAAAAAUGUACCUUCAAAAACAUUACAAACUAAAAUGAAGAAAACUGUAAAAUCAGUAAUAGAA